CCGUCUCCGCCGUCGCCACCACCGCCGGGGAAAAUCGAGUGCCCCCAAACCACGUCGCCAUUAUAAAAGCCCGUCCCUCUCCCUCCUCCUCACAAUCCGCGCUCUCGGCUCCCUCCCUCCCUCUCUUCUCGCGCAUUACCAUUAAGCGUGGGGUUAACCGAGAGGCGGGAGAGAGAGAUGAAGAACUCGGUGUCGGAACGGAGCUUCCUCAUCGAGAGCGACGACGAGGACGCCGCUGCCGCCGUGGAGGACGGGAAGCGCCGCGGCCAUGGCGGCGAGGAAUCGGGCGACGACGACGUCUCCGGGUCGGACUCGUCGUCGCCGUGCGACAGCCCGCGGGUGGUUGCCGCGAGGUGCAGCCAGCCGAGUUCCUACACCCAGCAAUGGCCGCAGAGCUACAGGCAAUCUAUUGACAUGUACAGCAGCGUGCACUCGCCCAACCUGAGCUUCCUGGGGACACCAUCACUGAGUCGUCUGUCCAACUCCUUCCUGACAAACUCAUUUCGAGGGAAGCCACCGGAGAUCAUCUCCAGCCUAAUCAAGCCUCUCCUGCCAACAAGCACCGCUCCUACCAGUGAUGAACACCAGCAGCAGCAGCAAGAGGACGUGCGGAAGAGCUCCCAUGACCUCCCACCGUCAAGGAAGGCAUCGUCUCUGCAAAGGAUCCCUGAGGAUCACAGGCCUAUUGUUGGGGGCCAUGAGGUGGGGCCCUAUCGGCAGUGCUCCUAUAUUCAAGGGGUCAUGAAUGGAGUGAAUGUCUUAUGUGGUGUGGGGAUCCUGUCAACACCUUAUGCUGUCAAGCAAGGUGGUUGGCUUGGACUAGUGAUACUGGCUGUGUUGGGUGCACUAGCGUGGUACACAGGCAUACUUCUGCGGCGUUGCCUGGACAGCAAGGAAGGCCUUGAGACCUACCCAGACAUCGGACAUGCUGCCUUUGGCACUGCUGGCCGCAUCAUCAUCUCGAUAAUCCUGUAUAUGGAACUAUAUGCAUGUUGCAUUGAGUAUUUGAUACUAGAGAGUGACAACUUGUCAAAGUUGUUCCCCAACGCACACCUGACCAUAGGUAGCUUGACUUUGGAUUCGCAUGUGCUAUUUGCCAUCCUGACUGCUCUUAUCGUCAUGCCUACCACUUGGCUUCGCGAUCUCAGCUGCCUCAGCUUCGUUUCAGCUGGCGGAGUCAUUGCAUCUAUUGUUAUCGUCUCCUGCCUGUUCUGGGUUGGACUUGUUGAUCACGUUGGUCCAGUCAAGAGUGAAGGGACGGCACUGAACCUUCCUGGAAUCCCCAUCGCCAUUGGGCUGUACGGGUACUGCUACUCUGGCCAUGGAGUGUUCCCUAACAUCUACUCUUCUCUGAAGAAACGCAACCAGUUUCCUGCUGUUCUUUUCACCUGCAUUGCUCUGUCUACUGUUCUGUUCGCUGGUGCUGCGAUCAUGGGAUACAUUAUGUUUGGUGAAUCUACAGAGUCCCAAUUCACUCUGAACUUACCCCCAAACCUUGUGGCUUCCAAGAUUGCCGUCUGGACAACGGUGACAAAUCCAAUAACUAAAUAUGCACUAACCAUGACUCCUCUCGCCCUGAGUUUGGAGGAAUUGCUACCUCCAAAUCAGCAGACAUACCCAAACAUUGUAAUGCUUAGAUCAGCGCUGGUGGUAUCUUCCCUUAUUGUCGCUCUAUCUGUUCCAUUUUUUGCCUUUUCAGGACUCGUCAUGUCCCUGGUGGGAUCUUUCCUCACCAUGUUUGUGGCCUAUAUUCUACCAUGUGCCUGCUUUUUGGCGAUCCUUAGGAAUAAAGUGAGCUGGUAUCAGGUAGUACUAUGUGUGUUCAUCAUUGCUGUCGGACUCUGCUGUGCUGGUGUUGGGACAUACUCAUCUCUUUCUAAGAUAAUACAACAGUACCAUUGAAUGUUGCGCUAGAAUUAUACGGUGUCCAUGUAUUUUAAGAGAGAUUUCAGUAUUUGGGUCUCAAUUCGCAUGCCUUUCAUUAUUUGAUAUCGAAUUCGCAAACCUUCCAAAAUUUAACACCGAGACAUGCGAAUUCUUUAUUUUAGGUUCCUUCUCAUUUUCCUUCUUUUCCUUCCCUAUUAUCUUUUCCUGCCCAUGUGAAUGGGCAGUUUUGCCCGUGCCGUUCCUUUUCUUCCUCGUCUCCUACCCCCGUCUGCUCGUCCGAAGAGCAGGACCAGCUGCCGCUCCCACUCAUGUCCAUGGCGAUGCGGCAACGGUGGUUGCGCCGCCGGUUGCGCAGGCAAAGCCAACCGAGUUCGAUCAUGCCUGUUGGCUCUUCGAGAUAAGGGUACAUAUGGCUAUGGCAACCGCUCUGGCCCAAGGACGGCCUCAGCGCCGGCGAUGGUGCCACGGGCUUCGGGUUCGAGAGCUGCUUUUAGCUCUACCUGCCGCCGGCCCACUGACUAGGAAGACCAGCGUCUCACAGCUCACAGGCCAUUCUCAGUUCUUAUAGGUGAAAAAAAAUCAACAAUUCCUCUCUGAAAUCACAAAUUUCCCUCACGGACUCACGAGAAUUCCUCUGCUCUGAUUUUUUUUAUGGUAAUUUUUCCUCUGCUCCGUUGUAGACUGCUCAUAGCAAUCCAUCUGGUGGCUGUGGGCGCUCUCCUGGCCGCUGGACAGCCUCCCAAGCUCUGUCUCGUCCACCGAGCCAUGGACCUGGACAUCCUCGCAGAGCGCUUCGAGCUCCCCCCAGGCCCCCACCGCGGACCACCCCAAGGGCCGCUCUGACCUCCCCGGUUGAGAAGCUCCCCUUCGUUACCUCUACGACGACGGCGGCAUGCUACUGACCUUUAAGGUCAUGCUGAGACCACCAGCUUCGCGCGCACCUGGGAACCAGCCCCGUGAGCUGCCGCCCGGGAGAUGACGGGUAGGAGACGUGGAAGAAAAGGACAAGGUAGGGGCAAAACUGUCCGUUCACAUGGGCAGGAACAUAUAAAGGGUAGGAAAAGAAGGAAAAUGAGGAGAAACACCUAAAAUGAAGAAUUCGCAUGUCUUAGUGUCAAAUUUUGGAAGGUUUGCGAAUUGGGUGUCACAUAAUGAAAGGUGUGUGAAUUGAGACCCAAAUGCUAAAAUCUCUCGUAAUUUUAAAUACUAAUUUUCUGUGGAUUCAAUGCAAAUUGUUGUUCCCAUGAAACAAGAUGGAGAAAAUGGGCAAAAAUAGGCAGGUUGUACUACCGAAGGAGUAUUUUGUUUUGAGGUCUGGUCGGUGACUUGAUCUUGUAUCA